AUGUCUGCCCUGACCAAGGCCUCCGGCGCGCUCAAGUCGGUGGAUUACGAAGUGUUUGGACGAGUGCAAGGUGUUUGUUUCAGGAUGUACACAGAAGAGGAAGCUAGGAAAUUAGGAGUGGUUGGCUGGGUUAAAAAUACCAGUCAAGGAACUGUAACGGGCCAAGUUCAGGGCCCAGAAGAUAAAGUAAAUGCAAUGUAAGUAUUUUUGCAUUUUUAUCUUAGUCUUACUAAAGUCAUUUACAGAAUCACUUUUAAUCUAAAGUGA